AUGGUGAUACAGAGUGAAAAACCAACAAUCCCAGAAUUCAUAUAUGCUGGAUACAUUAAACUACCGGUCCGACAGUACAUCCCAAACCCCUUGAGAUGUUUUAAAUGCCAGCGAUUCGGCCAUUCGAAGAUUAAUUGCCGCGGGACUCUAACAUGCGCCCGCUGUGCAGGAAAAGACCACGAUAGUGAACAGUGUAACGCCCCCGAAAAAUGCGUGAACUGUGGAGGCUGUCAUGCGUCGUUUUCUCGAGUCUGCGAACGCUGGAAAAUUGAAAAACAAAUAACCUCCAUUAAAUUUAAAGAAUCUAUUUCGUAUCCUGAAGCAAGAAAAAAAGUAUUAGCUCAAACACCCAAACCUGGUGUGAGUUACGCUUCCGUUGUAAAAACACCCUUCUGUGCAAACUGUCAAUGCACAAACUGUGUGAAAUAUAACUCCCAAACUACAACUGUCAAAAACUCUUCCGACUCUGAGAUUGAAAAUUCACCAUCCAGUGCACCAGAAACUAGCAAACCAGUCCGAUCGAAAUCGAAAUCAAACUCCAAUUCUCAAAGAGCACUAAAGCUAAAGCUGUCAAAACGGGGACUUUCACCAAAAGAACUAAGAACUAAGUUGAAAAAAUCUGCAACACAAAAUUCUGUCGCUUUGGGACUUGCGACGAAAGGUAAUGUCCAUAAGGACUUAACGUCCAUCUUUGGCUCACCUAAAAGUCCCGAUUCCAUUUCCCUCCAUCCGUCUGACGAGGAAGAUGAAUUGCAAAUGAGUUGCGAUGUUUCGCCAACUCUUCAUAACACUAGCCGUAAUAAACUCAAUUCUUCAGUUACUUAA